AUGUGUUUUUACACCUGUUUGGAUACACUCCAAGAGCAAACCGGAGCUUGUUACUGCUGUGACAAGAGGUUUGAAAGGAUGAGCUGGAAGGUCCCCCAAGAGUGUAUAAAAACCCUUGUCUGUAUUCCGAAAUGGUUUUCAUCUAACUUGGGUAAUUAUCCAAAGAAACCUAUGAGUUCAUACCUUCGGUUUUCUACAGAACAGCUACCCAGAUUUAAAGCUAAACACCCAGAUGCAAAACUUUCAGACCUGGUUAGAAAAAUUGCAGCCGCGUGGAGGGAACUACCGGAUGCAGAAAAAAAAGUGUAUGAAGCUGAUUUUAAGGCAGAAUGGAAAGCGUACAAAGAAGCUAUGAGCAAAUUUAAAGACCAGCUAACUCCAAGUCAGUUGGUAUCUUUUGAAAAAGAAGUCAGGCAAAAACGUAUGAAAAAGCAAGCAUUAGUAAAAAAGAAAGAGUUAAUGUUGCUUGGAAAACCAAAAAGACCUCGAUCAGCAUACAACAUUUACGUAUCUGAAAGCUUUCAAGAGGCUACAGAUCAAACUGCUCAGGGAAAACUGAAGACUAUAAAUGAGGCUUGGAAAAACCUAUCUAGUGAUGAAAAGCAGGCAUACAUUCAGCUUGCUAAAGAUGAUAGAAUUCAUUAUGAUAAUGAAAUGAAGUCUUGGGAAGAGCAAAUGGCUGAAGUUGGACGAAGUGAUCUCAUUCGACGCAAUGUGAAACGAGCAGGAGACAUCACUGAGAAUUAAGACAGAAGAUGGAGUUGUCUUUGUGAUUAGGCACAAGAAACCAACUAGGUCUCAGUGCCUUAAUAGUCAAAUAAGAAAGGCUAAGGCUGGUUGACACUGGGUAGUCAGUUCCUUUUUCUGUAGCCCACGGACCUCUGCCUGUUGAAUACAUUUCUGUUAUUAUAUCAAGCCCUGACAGUGGA